UCUCAUCAAGGUAUGGCAAAGUAUCUAACAUUCAAAGGAGAUGGUGAGUUUAGACAGAUUCUGAUUUUAUCACUCCUCUCUGGAAAACCAGUAGUGAUUGAAGAUAUCAGACAUUUAGAGGACGAACUUGGAUUAACGGAUUACGAAGUAUCUCUAUUGAAACUUAUUGACGAGCUGACUAACGGAACCAAAACCAAACUCAAUGAAACUGGAACAAGAUUGGUCUUUAGCCCAGGAUUCAUCAUUGGAGGAGAAGUUUCACACGAAUGUAGUUUAUCAGUUCCUCUUGGAUACUACAUGGAAGUUUUGGUCUGCCUUGCUGCGUUUUCAAAGAAGAAGUUUAAUAUUACCCUGCGAGGAGUUACUCACGGCCAUGGUCAUCCUAAUGUUGAUACUCUGAAGCACGUGACAUUGAGUUAUUGCAAGAAGUUGGGACUGCACAGCGCAGAACUAACAAUUAACAAGCGUGGCUACUCUCCUGGUGGAGGAGGAGAAGUUGUGUUUUUCUCUAAUUCCCUCAAAAUUGUGAAACCUAUCCAGUGGCUGGAUCCUGGCAAGAUUAAGAGGAUACGAGGGGUAGCUUCUUGUGCGCGGAUGUCACCUGCCACAAACCCACGUGUAAUAGACAAGGCGCGCGGCGUUCUCAACGACUUCAUACCUGAUGUAUACAUCUACAAUGAACAUUUGAAGGGAGCACAAUCCGGAAAUUCACCAGGACACAGUUUAACGUUGUACACAGAGAGCACAACUGAUGUGACAUUAUGUUGUGAUAACACAGCAACCCAACAGACUCUACCUGAGGAUCUAGCUCUAACCACCACUCACCAUUUAUUGGAUGCAGUGCACGCGGGAGGCUGUGUGGACAGCUCACACCAGUAUCUUGUUCUCCUCUACAUGGCACUGACUCAACACCACGUGUCCUCUGUUCGGCUAGGACCCUUAACUCCUUACACCAUCUCAUUUCUCCGUAACCUUAAACUCUUUUUUGGCAUUGUUUUUAAGAUUAAAGUUGAGAAAAUAAAUGUGGAUGAGCCUGGUAAUAAAAAAGGUUUGGGCUCUACUUUGGUUAUGUCUUGUUUGGGUAUUGGAUUUGAAAACAUGAACAGAUCGAUGACUUAGGACCUUUGUUAUGUAUCUGGUGUAAGCUGUAAUAUUUUUCUGCCGACCUGAUUUUAAUCUAUUUUUAAUUGUUUUUGAGAGUUUUCUCUUCUGGGGCAUUUAUUCGUAACUUAUUUACUGACAGAAAUUGUGAAUUUUGCUGAUGAAGUUUUAACAGUUUUAACACA